CGUGGUAACUGAGGAGUGGAGGAGAAGAGCGGUACAUUCAUAAGAAGAGAGGUGACAAACAGACGAAAGUUUAAGAUGAUGGAUUCGCAGUAACGGAGGAGAUACCUUUGGAUUAAGGAUGCACCAGAGCAAGCUUCUUCUCUUCUGUGUCUUGUCACUGGCGGUGCAACAGUGAUGCAUUUCUUUUCCCCACUGUGGUACAAGCUGGUUUAAUAAAUGGAGGAGACACAUUCGGAUGAAUAAUCCCACGCAUACAAAUGAAGCCGACACAUGCAAAUCCGUAUGGCUGACAUUCAGGAUUCAGCUUAGGUUUCAGAGUUUCUGACCAUUUUUGUGUCCCUCCUCCCAGCUCAGCCAUGUUUGAAAUCCAGAAGAUCUUACCCAAACCAACACACGUGUGCUAAUCAGAAGAAAUCAAACAUGAACCCUAACUUUAAACAUACUCUGCACUUCAUGACAGCUACCAGCGACUUUAAAAGUAUGGAUUUGGAGGUCCAGACAGGAAGCACCAGCACUUCUGAUGCACAGCAGCCAGUUGUUGCAUCAAUCUAUCUGCCCCUUGACCACUGGUCAUCAACAUCUUUUCAAGGUCCAACCAGUCAUGAAGUAUUGAGCGUAUCGUCUCUAGUCCCUUCUACAGUCCUGACACUCAUGCCUCACUAUAAACCUGCAGCUAGUGGAAACGUAUACCCAGAGCCACCAUCUUUAACUGAAGUGGCAAAAGAGCCUCAACUUCCAGAGGUAUCAUCUUCCUCCUCUGGGUCCUCAGAGGUCCAAGAUCAAAACACCCUGACUUUACCACUUCCUUGUUGUGAUAAUCUCCAGGAAGUUCAGCAGAGGAAACCGUCAGAUGGAGGACCACUGGAGGAAGGAUCGAUAGGUCUCAUGUUACCCAAAUAUCUCCCUGAAGAAGAGCCAGUUUCAGAGCCUCAAGCCUGUACACGCCGUGAGCUGUUAUUGAUUGUGAGCUUCCCUAUCAUCAUCAAACUGGUCAUCACCUCUGCUCUCUUAGUCCUGUUCCUGGCAUUUCCCUCUGAGUCAGGUGAAUCACCUCAUCUUUGUGGAGUGAAGGGGAACUGCAGUGUCCCAACUCAACUGCCUUUUCUGCCUAAAAAUCCAUUGAACCAGACAGGGAACUUUACAGCAGACUGCCCAGUUCUGGUCAGUGAUGGCAGGCGCAUUGUUGGGGGGACGUUGGCCGCCAAGGACAAGUGGGGGUGGCAGGUCAGCAUGCACUGGAGAGGGAAACACGUCUGUGGAGGUGCCAUCAUCUCCCCUCACUGGGUCAUCACUGCAGCUCACUGCUUUGUUGAGAACAACAUGCUUCAAGAGGCUGACUGGUUGGUGGUGGUGGACACUGUCAACAUCGCAGACAACGCUGCAGGGAAACGUUACAAAGCACUGCAGGUCCUCUAUCACCCUCGCUUCAACAGAUACAACAACGACUAUGACGUGGGCCUGCUGCGCACCAUCACUGACAUGGACAUGAAAGAUGGGGUGCGACCGGUCUGUUUGCCAAGUCCGAGCGAAUCCUUUUCAGCCGGAGCAGCCUGUUGGAUCACAGGCUGGGGAUAUAUUCAUGAAGGAGGCUUUGUGUCAAAUGAGCUAAGGCAGGCUCAGGUCAAGGUAAUAGCUCAAUCCGUCUGCUCCAACGCAAGUGUCUACGGCGUGUACCUAACCCCUCGAAUGAUCUGUGCUGGCACCAUGGAUGGAGGAGUGGACUCCUGCCAGGGAGACAGUGGUGGACCCCUGGUGUGUGAGACAGCCAGUGGGGAUUGGAGGCUGGCAGGGGUGGUGAGCUGGGGCGAGGGCUGUGGACGGCCCAAUAAACCAGGCGUCUACAGCAGAGUAACCCAACUGAUCCACUGGGUCGACACAUAUAUAGAGAACAAACCAGAGGAGACCACUCGAGCUAUGACCGACACCUCACUAAAACCUGACACAUAAUAAACAAUAAAGAAGCAAAUCAUCUGUAUCUGCUUAUUUGUGUUGUUUCUCAUAAAAUAAAAAUAAAAAUCAUUAUAAUAUUAUGGUAAUAGGCUUAUAAACUGUGUCCCUCAGCACAUAUCUUUG